AUGGUCGCGGCUUCGAAGCGCGGCCGCUUCGCGGACGUCGCAGCAGCGCGCUUUCGCGCGAAGGAGAUCCCGGAUGUGAAGGAGAUUGUGGAAGAAGUGGAUGAGGUCAUUGAAGAGGUGGGUCCGGUCCAGGAGGAGGAGAUAGACCACUUCGCAGAGCUUGAGGCUGCGGAGCGGAAGCGCGCCUUGGCACGAGCCAAGAAGAAGCUCUCCAGCGCCUUACACGAGGGGCAUUUGCAAGAAGCGCUAGAAGCUGUCGAGCUUCUUCUGGACGAAGAGGAGCCCAUCGCAGUCGAGCCCCUCCGCUCGCUCCUGAACCUCAGCGCCGCCCAGCCAGAUGCCGAGAACUUCGCACGCGCGGUGAGUGCGGCCCAGCGCGGGAAGAUUACCUUCGAUGAGCAGGCCUUUGCUGCGUUGAUUGGGCAGCUCUUGGCCACCGAGGCGGCGCACGCCUUGGUCCGCUGUGCCUUGAAUUUCGGAGUACCAGAGGACGGCGAUGUGAUCCCAUUGAUCCCUUUGGACAUCCGUGAGUACGAGCAGCAGGACGUCUUCCGAGCCGCCACCAGCGCCGACGACAGCGGGGAGUUGGACAUGGACCUGGCGGAGGGGCCUAGCGUGCCAGCCAUGUUGGAGUUCAGUGGCUGCACGCGGAAGCCGGAGCUGAAUGGGCUUUACCAGCGGCAUCGGGGAAGGAAAGACUUGCUAGGUCACUCGAGGCCGAUCUAUGUGCGUCGCUUGGGCUUUGCGCGGAAGUGGUGUGUCUACUUCUGGAACCCGGCACUCACUGUGGACAAAGAAGCUUCAUCCUGGGAGCGCGGCUGGUACUUAGCCUCAGAGAUCGGUGGCGGUGGAUACACCGUGGCUCGCUGUGGCAGCGAUGAGGACCUGCCACCGGAACAGGGCUGGAGCUUCAGCUCGCAUGGCAAUUGGAUCCCCGACACCAGCGGCUUUCUGGUCCCCAGCAGCCGAGCGAAGCGAAUGCAAGCGUUGAACUUGACCGAGGAGGAAGCACAAAACGCCCUGGAAGGGGUCGACCUGGAGGCUCUACGAGGCUCGGUGAAAGGUCGUGAUCCUGAAGUCACCAAGUAUUUCUGCCAUUUCUUCGUUCUCCUUUGCUUGGAGGCCAUGGCUGAAAUCCAAGGUUUUCGCUCGCGCUGGCGGUACCGGCAGCUCUAUGAGUUGGUGAACUUUGGAAUCGCCUUCCAGGAUCUCAGAGUGCAGCAUUGUGGGCACGAACGGGAGAACCACAAAGCAGCUUUGCCAGGCUGGCCGCAGCUGAACACGUUGGAGGUGCACUUCAGAAUUCCAGACAGGGUGAAGGAGGAGAACUGCCGCUUCAAGCCAGGUGAAAACGUGGUGAUCUCCCUCAACGAUCCAGUGAAGAACCGGGUCACCGAAGGAAUGGUGAAAGAGGUGGACUUUGUGGGGCACGUGCUGGUCGUUGACAUCCAAGGGCAGAUGCCCGAGGAUCCGCACCGCAUGAUGCGUUACCGAAUUGACAACUACGCCAACCGGGUGACCUUUGAACGCCAGGUAACUGCGCUGCUUCAAUUCAUUGCUAUGGAAAGGACGGAGAUUUGCCAGAUGCUGGUGUCCGCCGGUGUGGGCAAGUUGGACGAGGCGGUGCGCGAGGAGGCAGAGAUCAUGCGGCGCCGCGCCUGGCGGCAGAAGCAAGGCAAGGACUACAAGGGUGCACAACAGGAAAAGCUGCGCAAGAUGGACAAAGACGUCUUGGCGAAGAACAAAGCCGCCGCCUUGGCCGCUUGGGACGAAGAGGACUUCUUCAUGGACGAGGAACCAGUGGAGGAGGAGAUCAUCGAAGAAGAAGAAGAAGAGGAGAACGAGGAGGAAAAGUUGACACCUGAGGAGGAGGAGCGCAGGAAGAGGACGAUAAACCUUGCCUCAGAGGAAGCAAGUGCUGUGGGCGAGGAAAACCUCAAGUUGGCGACUGCGCAGGCAAAUGCCUUCCAAAACACCUCAGACGCGCAGAAGCAUGCCAUUAUCAGCGCCAUGUCGAAGAGGCUCACGGUGAUUCAAGGGCCACCGGGCACCGGGAAGACGCACACUUCGGUUCGGAUUUUGAGCACUUGGGUCAAGACCAUGGGCUACAAGCCCCUGUUGGCCACCUCCGAAUGCAACGUGGCGGUCGACAACAUCGCGGAGGGAUUAGUCGCGAAUGGCAUUAAGGUGGUUCGGAUCGGCCAUGUGGAGAAGGUCAACGCUCGCUUGGAAGAGGCCAUCCUGGAGAACUUGGUGCGCCAACAACGUGCGGAGGUGGAACGCCAAGGCGAUUACGAGGAUGAAGAGUGGGUGGAGGACCCCGGUGAGGAGCCCAGCUGGCAGAGUGCGGACUACAGUACGGAAAAGUGGAAGAAGGAAUGGCAAGCCUGGCGGCUGAAGAAGGAUGCUGUCAUCAAGAAGCGUGCCUGGGCUCGGAAGCAGUAUCAGCUUCUGAAGCAGAAGGUCCUCAAUGAGGCCGAGGUGAUCUGUGCAACAACCAUCGCUUGCGGAUCCGGUCAGUUGGCGGGUUUUGACUUCCACGGCGUGUUGAUCGACGAGGUGGCACAGGCCACCGAGACCUCCUGUAUCGUCCCGGUGGUUUGCCGCGGCGCCCGGCAGCUGGUCUUGUGCGGCGAUCACUGCCAGCUGCCCCCCUCGGUGAUCUCGCGCGAAGCGGAGCUCCGAGGCUACACGUUGUCGCUCUACUCACGCCUGACUGGUGCUGGCGUGCCCUACUGCUUCCUGGACACACAGUACCGUGCACAUCCCAUGCUAAUGGAAUUUAGCGCAUCCUGCAUCUACCAGGGGCGAUUGAAGAAUGGUGUGGAUGCCUCGAAACGUCCCCGCGUCAAGGGCUUGCCCUGGCCAGGCCCAGAAUGUCCUGCCAUGUUCGUGGAGAGCAACGUGGAGGAACAUUUGGAGGGCGAGUCGAAGGCCAACUUCGCAGAGGCCUUGAAGGUCAAGAAUCCGCUCUUCAUCCGCGGAAUCCCCCGGGUUCGACGACCGACCUUGAAGGACCUGGUGAAGGGUCUCCUGGAAGCUGGUUCCGUCGACUUACAGGACAUUGGCGUGGUGACGCCCUACAAGGGCCAAGUGCGGGUGUUGCGGAAGUUGAUUCACCUGCAGAACAGCUUGGGCGUCCCAAAGGAGGUGGUCACGAACUUGGAGAUUGCCUCAGUGGACAACUUCCAAGGACGAGAAAAGGAGGUCAUCAUCUUCUCCGCGGUGCGAUGCAAUUCCUGGGGCAGUGUUGGCUUCUUGAAGGAUUGGCGCCGCCUAAAUGUGAUGAUUACACGCGCAAGGAGGGCCUUGGUGGUGGUAGGCAACGCGAUGACUCUUUGCAAGGAUGAUCACUGGAGAAAGUGGCUGCAGUGUACCGAGAAACAGGGUGGCGCUGUGGAAGGGACUGUGAAGAAGGCCAUGGAGGAAGGGGAGAAUGGCGAAGGCAUCCAGCCAUGUGAGUUCGUGGAGACUGGGAAGGAGCUUUUCCCGGCGAUGAGCUCCAGCAGUUCUAAAAGGAAGUGGGAGGAGGUUGAAGCUUCAGCGGCUGUGGACCUUGCCGAGGGAGUGCAAGUCGCAGACAAGCAGGUGGAGGAAAUGGUGGAGGCAAAAGAAGAAAUCAAAGAAGAAGAGGUCAAAGAAGGGGCCCAACAAUGGGAGACAAAGAGUUCUUGGGUCGACGCAGCUGGUCCUGCGGUGACCCUACGGUGUUGUGAGGGCAGACAGAUGGCAUUGCAAGGAGGCGAGCUGACUAGGUAUGUGGAGCAAUUGCACGAAGCCCUCUUCCGACAGGACUGGGCUUGGGCAGGUUCCGGCGGUGGGACCAUGGUGAAGAGUCAACGCCCUGCACAGCCGUUUCGCUGCAGCGCGGCGUUGGGCCAUGGAUCCACGCCAGACUUGGAGCAGCGUGAGCAUCAACGUGAAGGCUUCAUCUCGGUGCUCUUCACGCAGAACGCCCAGCUAGACCAGGUCUUGCUGCAUGUGGAGGCUCUCCGCACCUUGGCCUUCUCGGCGUGGACACACUGCCGGGUGAAGCGGCCCUAUGUGGUGAUCACCGAUGGUCCACUCCCCUCAGUGGCCCUGGAGGCGCUCCAAGCAGAUGGGCUCUCGGUGGUGGAGGCUGAGCACGAGCUGCAGGGCACCUACGGGGCCAAUCUGCGAGACGACCUGCAGUUGGACAGCUGGUGGAUGGAGCGGGGCGUCAGGCCGACGGCCAUCAAAUUGGCAGUCUGGAACAUGACCACCUUCGACCGAUUGCUGUUCUUGGAUGCUGACACGCUUAUCCUUGGCCCUGUGGAUGAGCUCUUUGAGAUGGACACCUUCGCUUCAGGGCUGAACCCCUACUCGGUACACGGGAUGACGGAGGUGGAGAACGGACGCAUCAAAUACAGGUUGCAUCCGGGCAUCAACACGGGCGUGAUGAUGUUGCAGCCUUCCAGAGUGUUAACCAUGGAGAUGGCCAAAGACAUGGCAUCAGGACGCCUGGAUCGCACCGCGAUCGCAGAGCACUUGGGCCGCUCCGAUCAACCGUGGCUGGACGCCUUUUGGCUCCAACACUCCCGACGCCUGGGCACCGCCAGGUUUGCCUCUCGGGCGGAUGGGAGCUUGGCGUUUCGAGGGUGCGAUGUCACCUUUGACGUGGACUGGGGCUACGCCGCCCGUCGAAGACGCAUCGAUGCCUGCAGUCGCGGGCAGACCCGGGGCCGGCCCAUGGCGAGUCGAGGCCCGGAACGUGCCUGGCCACGGGCCUCCGGGCCGUCCUGCCGGCGAGGACACGAGAAGCGCCGUAUGAUGCGGCCCAUUGAUGCUCAUCAGGCUCACUGCAUUCUGCCCGUGGAAUAUGACUUCUUUGCCGACUACAAGGCCAUUCGAAUGCACGUUUGGUCUGAAGCACGGCAGCGGAAGACUGCAGGUGCCUUGCCGGGCGACCAGAACUUGACGGACAUUGCCUGGGCUGUGAAGCAAUACGUCGAGGACUAUGGUCUUUUGGGCCCCAAGGGCAUUAAGAUUCUCCAUUGGCCUGGAGAGCUCCGGAAACCUUGGCACCGCUGGCAGAAGGCGGUUCGGUCUCCCUUCGAUGAUGAGUGGUGGAAGGCGCAUGGAGAGAUGUGCAGGGAUCCACGCGCGAAGAUCCCCAUCUUCCCCAAGGACCCCGUUUGCCGGAACUUCUAUGCCGAGCUCCUCCGUUGGCCUUCACGGUACCGCGACUACUACUGCUGCGAGCGCCCAGCGGACGCGGCCAUUGCCUCCGGGUUGCCGGACUGGAAGGGAACCGUGGCAGAAGGAGCUCGCAACCAUUUGUGGGACCUCAGUGGUUUUCCCGAGGAGGACCGACCGAGCCGGAAUGGAACGAGAGCCGUCCUGGAGAUGAAGGGAAUGCCUCUUGGCGAGCGCCACCCGUUUUUCAUGGGCCGCGUGCGGCGAUCGUUGCGCUCGGCCUUUCAUCGAAAGCAUCCCGGUGAGUGUCUCGUGGCGAGAAAGGUCCAGCGGUCGAUCGGACGCUUUGGCAUGCCUGCUGCGCCCCUGCGCGCCCUCGGCUACACCUCGGCGGGUGGCUGCUUCGCCAGCAUCGGCCGCAAUGGCAAACCCGUGAGCGCCUUGAUGAAGCGCCUUGGUUCUUACAGCGAGGCAGCGGCGCACGGAGUUCAACGGAGUUCGCCGAUCGGCUACGCAACCGGCAGUGGGAAUGUUUAUUGCAACAAGAUCGUGCUCAUGGACGAAGCGCACAAUUUGGUACGAAGCCAGACUCAGUAUGCAGACCAGCUGCAGCGCUUGCGGCGGCUGCUGUACGAGGCAGAGAAGCUGGUGCUCGCAGGCUUUACGGGGACCCCCAUUUUGUCAGAGCCCAAUGAGGGGCGUCAGCUCUUGGACAUCAUCAAGGGAGUGAAGGCGCCCAGCGGUGAUGAAGGCUUCCUCUCCUCCUUCCCCAUGCGGCCACAGCCACUCUUCCCGGUGUCCCUGCCGCGCGGCCUCCCGGAUGGUGCUCUGACCCUGGCACGCCAGAAGCAGCUCGUGCGGCGGGUGGAGAUCCGUGGGGAAGCGUUGAAGGUCUACGAUCUGAAGCGACGCUUGGGCCUCCCCGGCCGGCGCCUGCGAGCCUACUGCAACGUGAGUAUCUUCCACGCAGCCUUCCAUGAUGGCCGUGCCGGAAGCAAGGGCCGAGUCUUGGCCUAUCCCGAGGAUUGCUGCCCCAAGCUCUUGCAGAUUGCCCAGGCCGUCGUGGCGGAACCCUUGAAGGCGGUGAUCAUGAUCGGACGGACCUCGGGCUAUGUGGUGAUGCUGGAGCUGAUGAAGCGUUUGGCAGCCAAGGCUGAGCCCCCUUUUCAGGUGGCCACCAUGAAUGAGCUCUCCGAAUUCAAUCACGUCUCCAAUCUCCGCGGGCAGAUCUUUCGCGUCUUGGUGGCCGACUCCUUGCAGUGUUCAGAGGGCGUGAGCUUCCUUAGCAUCCGGAAGACCUACCUCGCUGAUGUGCCCGUCUCCCCGAGUGGCUUCAUCCAGCAAUGUGGGCGCUCCAUUCGGAUGUAUGGCCAUCGAGGCUUGCCAGAGGAGGAGCAAACGGUGACCACGCAGCUGUAUGUGUCGAUGCUUCCCAAGUGGAUGCGCUCUUCAUCCUUAGCAUGCUGGGCCUUGAGGGCGCAGAAGAAGCACACCAGGGGAAAGGAAGUGGAGAAGCGAGCGCGGGUUCUGACAGCACGCAUGAACCGCGCAGGACCCCUCCAGCCCAAAGCCAAGGAAGAGCUCAAGUCACGCUUGGAUGCGCACGGAGAAGCCAAGCAGAGGAUGCAGCACAGCAUCUCAGACACGGAGGAUUCCAUGAAUCCCAAAGGGGCAGAUAUGGGCAGAUGGUUUCACCAGGAGCAGAACGGGCUUUGGGAGGAGGCAAAGCUUCUGCGGAACGCGGACAAGAAGGACGGAGAACGGGGCUAUUGCUGUGACGAUCGAGAGCUCGAGCAAAGCCUUGGCGAUUCGCAGCUCACCCGUGGCAACACCUUGGAAUCCUUGGAUCGUGGCAACACCUUGGACACUGAGAUGGCCAAGGAAGAGGACGACUUUACUACUGCACUGGCCUCCAUGCUGGAGGAGGCCAUGGGAAAGGAUGAGAUGGGUGAUGCGGAACGACAGCAAGAGAUGGAAGCCUUCAAGGACGGAAAACUGCUCUCUCUCUCAGAAGAGCAGGAUGCUGACGAUUUGGAUGGAGUGACUCAGCUGGACGAAGAUCGAUCACCCAGACUCUCCGAGCGGUCGAGCAACGCGGAAGAGAAGCGCAAAGCGGCUCCACCCGCGUCCAACGCCGCACCGAGCGCACCGCGCCGAGCAGCCUCGUCCAGCGCGCUGGACGCGGCCGUGGCCGAGCCUCCAGCGGUGCAUCUACCCAAAUGGGAGCCGAACCCGGGCGCGCGCCUGGACCUGAACCCGGGCCCCUUUUCCGGUCCGUUUCCAAAGCAGGAAGCUCCCGAUUUCGUCGCACCCAUGGUGCGAGGAGAAGUCCUCCAGGCGCUUCGAGCCGCUUGCCGUGAAGCCGACAAAAAGCCCUUGCUCAAUGACACCACUGCAGAAGCCCAGGCCGUUGAACCAGGUCCUGGAAGAGCUCUGGAUCCCCGUUGGCUCCUUUAUCCCCACGUUGGCUCCUCCAGCGCCAUGUGGCGAACGUGGCUGCUGCUCUCUGUGGCUGGCGGCUCCGGCGAGCGGGUUGUGGAGCCGAAUUCCUUGCUGCAAGCGACUCUGCGGGCGAGCGACUCGCCGGUGCAGCGAAUUGGCCCAAAGGAGACCUUAGGAAUCGUCCACAUCGGAAAGACGGGCGGGUCCUCCUUGGACUCCUGGCUGAAGGGGAACAUCGGCCGUCGGCACCUGCUCGGCCAUGGCAUCCACUGUGACAUGUCGUACAUGGAUGCGCAGGCCAAGAAACAGGGCCAUCCCGUGCGUGUGCUGAGCUUCCUGCGAGAGCCGGGCACGAGGGCGGCAUCGCAAGUGCUCUUCUGGAACACCUUCAAAUGGCCGCUCUUUCAGAAGUGGAAGAACUGGACGUUGACGGAAAUUAUGAACGAGGAGAAGGCCUUCCGAAGGUAUCACAAUGCCUGGGGCGAUGGCUUCGGCGGUGUUUGUUGGAUGGCUGGCACCUGCGUCAAUGGCUGGUACAUCCACACCGAACCCAAUGGGAAGAACGACACCGAGCAGCUGCGAAGGAAGGAGUUGAACGAGAAGCAUCCGCAGGAGGUGUUGGCAAUGGCCAAGGCCAAUCUGGAACGGACAGCCUGGUUUGGCAUCCUGGAAGAUGUCGAACGAUCCAUCAUGCUACUCCAAUGGCAGCUGGGGAACAACUACACAGGCUUCACCGAGCACAACGUGAACCGGAAUCCUCAUGCAAAGGAGGUGACCGAGGAAGAUUUGCAGAGGAUGAGAAAGCUGAUUCCACUCGACAUGGAGCUCUACCAUUACGCCCAGGAGCUCUUCGAACGACGCUGGGCCGCCAGUGGCCUCUCCAUGCCCACAGACACCCCCGACAGAAGCGCUGGUGUCACUGGUGGCCAUGGCGUACCAUUAUUCCCUCAGAGAGUGCCUGCCGCCGAGCUUCAGAUCGAAUCCUGGAUCGACAGUGCGGCUUCCGCGGAGCCUCCGUUUCCGCCCGGCAGAAGUCUUCAUCAUCUUUGUAGUCCGUCACCGGUGCAACAAGUUCUUGAGAAAGCCAGGCUGCAACAACCCGAGAUGACUUGCUGA